CCGCACAUCAUGACAGAUGUUCCGGCUACAUUUACCCAGGCUGAGUGUAAUGGGGAUAAACCACCUGAAAAUGGUCAACAACCAAUCACUAAAAUCAGUGAGGAAUUGACUGAUGUGGACAGCCCCCUGCCACACUACAGGGUAGAACCCAGUCUGGAAGGUGCACUCACCAAAGGAAGUCAGGAGGAAAGAAGAAAGUUACAAGGGAACAUGCUGCUCAACUCAUCCAUGAAGGACAAAAUGCUAAAAGAAAACCCAGAAGAGAAACUCUUUAUUGUUCAUAAGGCUAUCACAGAUCUUUCUCUCCAAGAAACUAGUGCUGAUGAAAUGACAUUCAGAGAAGGGCAUCAGUGGGAGAAGAUUCCUCUGAGUGGCAGUAACCAGGAAAUAAGAAGACAGAAGGAGAGGAUUACUGAGCAACCUCUCAAAGAGGAAGAAGAUGAGGACAGGAAGAACAAAGGUCACCAGGCAGCUGAAAUUGAAUGGCUGGGAUUUCGAAAACCUAGCCAAGCUGACAUGUUACAUUCUAAACAUGAUGAGGAGCAGAAGCUUUGGGAUGAAGAAAUUGAUGAUGAUGAUGAUGAUAAUUGCAAUAAUGAUGAAGAUGAAGUUCGAGUGAUAGAAUUUAAGAAAAAACAUGAAGAGGUUUCUCAAUUUAAAGAGGAAGGUGAUGCAAGUGAGGACUCCCCACUGAGCAGUGCCAGUUCCCAAGCUGUGACACCUGAUGAGCAGCCAACCUUAGGGAAGAAGAGUGAUAUCUCCAGAAAUGCUUAUUCCAGAUACAAUACAAUAUCCUAUCGGAAAAUCAGAAAGGGAAAUACCAAGCAAAGAAUUGAUGAAUUCGAGUCUAUGAUGCAUUUAUAAACUAACUGGAACUGAGAAAUUCUCAUGCCCACUAAAGGAAAAGCUAAUUCUAUUGCCCCAGGGUGCAUAUUUCUAUGCCUUAUUUGAGUUAUCACUUGGAGGGAGGUGGAAGUUGACUCUCUUUUUCACUGUAGAAUAAUGUGGAAAUAACCCUAGAUAAAAAUUCAGUCUGAUAACCUCAAAUCAAAAAGCUUUAAAUAAAUUCUUGGGCGUUUGUCUUUUAAAACUUCACUAAUAUAGCAUUGUGUGAUAAGCACUAAGCAGUCAGUCCCCUGGGGGAAUCUGGCAUAAUUUGGCUAUAAAUGUAGCACUGCUUGGAAAGGUAGUCAUCAAAUGAGACUAUUUGAGGGGACUAUUUGAAAUGAUUCUGGUAUUUCUUUUGGUAUCUUUCUUCCUGUAGAUUGGAGUGAUGGAAAGUCUGGUAUUAAAACCUCUCUUACUUUUAAACUUGAUUUUACAGACUCUGGCAAUAAGCCUUCCAAAAUUCUGUGCCUUUUCUAUUAUCACCAAACAAUAUUUUAAGUGGCUUUCCUUGGCAUCUACAGAGAAAACAUUCUAUAGCCCUCCUUCCUAGGUGUUACCAUUCACUGAAUCUUCUCACAGAGGGAGAUGAGCAAUUGUCAGUCAGGAUAAUUCUGUUUGCUAAAUGUUGCCUUUAUGCUUUCAAACUGAAUUAAACCCAUUGUGAGGUUGACACUGGGAGGGGCUAGAAGAUUGGUGGGCAGCAGACUAAAGAGUUAUGUUGGAUAGUUUUAUUUCUGUGGCUGAAAAUAAAAUCUUGUCUAGCACAGUUAAAGUCAUUAAAAAUAAAAAUGACAGCUUUAGCACAAUUUUAAGAAAAUGGCCCUCUCUAUUACCACAUUUUCUCUUAUUAACAGUAUCUCAGAAUAAUUUUCUUUCCUUAGAAACCUGAGAGAACGCUAGUCAUAACUGUACUAGUUACUAUGAAAAUGGAAAUAAUUAUCUUAGAAUAUUUUCAAAGUAGAGCGUGAGCAUGUAUUUUUAGUGAGAGAGCUCUGAUAGUUGUUGGGAAUAUAUAAUUUACUGGACCUCAGCCCAAAUCAAGAUGCUUAAAAUUGUACUUGUGGAGCUUCACUCAAACCAAUGUGUCAAAUAACGUAUUGAAUAUUUAUGAAAAGAGAGACUAUAUUUAUAUUCUUAGAUAGUUUGUUCCACAAUUUUUCAUUUCAUGCUUCCAUAUAUAUUACCCUGAACUUUCUAUCACCACAGAUAAAGAUUUUGUUUUGCCCUGCAAAUAAAAAGACAAUUCCUUAUUGUCUGAAUGUAAUACAGUCUUCAUUGUACUAUUCAACCCUUUGUUUCUUUCUUUUUCAUUUUGUGAAAAACUCUGUGUUAGUCCUCUUAGAUGACUGCUUAUUUAUGUGUAACAUAAAUCCCACAUAUUCUAAUGACAACUUCUUUAAUCCUUCCGGGUCAUAUAUUAUAUUUCCAUAGUAUCACAUACUAUUAUUUAGUUGUUUACAAGACUCCAGUUUGAAUUCAGGAUUACAGUGCUCCUUUCAUUCUUUCAAUCAGAUAACAUAAAAGUUCUGUUACCCUCAUUCUAUACAACCUAUGGAUUUCAUGUGUUACAAUAUCAGUUUCCAGAAUAAAGUGAGGGAAAUCAGGUCUUUAUUGAUAAAGUUAGGGAGAAGAUUGAUGCAAUAGGACAAUUUCCAAUUUAAUUUAGAUCCUCUAAUCUUUCUACAUGGACAAGCUGUUUUCUUUUCUAGGUUACUGAUAACCCCUAUAAUUUUCGACUUAACUUCAAAACACAGUAUUGUGUUAUCUAUCACAUAACAGGACCAUGUUUUUAACCUACCAUCAAGAGCCUGUAUUUUGAGUUAUUCCAACAGAGAUGAUGGAUUCCUGUAGAACUAGAGGUGGGUGACCUAUGGUUAUGUGGCACGGCAAAGCAAGUACCUCUUAAGGGACUCUAAUAUAUGCUAACGCUGGUCCUCUUAGCUCUGUGCUCUCACCAGACAAUGAAUGAACUAUGAAAGAUUUAGUCAACAGAAACUAUUUUAGGGUAUGUUUAGUUGGUAAAUGCUUCAUGUUCAUGGGUGACACAAUGUUUUUGCAAAAAAACCCUGAAACUAUUCUUUGGCAUUGGUGUCCAUGGCCCUAUACCGCCAUCUUACACGAAAGCCACAGAGUUGAAAGCCACAGAGUUGAAAGCCACAGAGUUAAGUGACCUCAGGUAACAUAA